AAUCGACUUAGUGCAAGACGCUCGUCUGCAAGAGCGUAGAGCUAAUACUAACUUAAAUACAUUUAUUUUACAGUUGCGGCCAAGAUGGUGCUCACUCUGUACAAGUUAGACGCCAGUCCGCCGGUACGAGCAGUGAAGAUGGUGAUAGCAGCCAUCAAUCUACCUGAUGUGGAAUAUGUUGACGUCAAUUUGCUACAAGGCGAUCAUCUCAAAGAAGAUUAUAUCAAGUUAAAUCCGCAACACACGAUACCAACAUUGGUGGAUGAUGACUUCGUUAUUUGGGAUAGCCAUGCGAUUGCAACCUAUCUCAUAAACAUGUACGCUGACAACGACUCUCUGUACCCAUCGGAUCCUCAGAAACGUGCUCUGAUCGACCAAAGAAUGCACUUUGAUAGUAGCAUUCUGUUCCCACCAGUACGUGAAGCAGUAGGCCCAGUUAUUUUCGGAAACGAAAAAGUAUUCCCACCUGAAGUGCUACAAAAAAUCCAAAACGGCUAUGAGUUCACCGAAAAGUUCAUCACGGGGGAGUGGUUAGCCGGUGACGACUUGUCAGUAGCAGACAUCUGCUGUGUCGCCACUAUCAGCACCGCGAACGAAAUUUUACCUAUAGACGAAAAUUUAUUUCCAAAACUGGCCGAAUGGAUUAAGCGUUGCUCGGAACUGGAAAUCUAUAAAAACGAAAACGAACCCGGAUUGAAUCUUUUCAGUCAAAUACUGAAGAGCAAAUUGGCUUAAAUUUUAAUUAUUGCAAUUUAAAUCUGAGACAAGUAUUUAUUUAUAGGUAUUGUGUACAAGUAGGUACAAUUAUAAUGAAGGAAAACCAAUAUGUUUGGUUCAGUUGUUUCAAGAGCAUAUUUAACGUAUUUUUAUAAAAUAUCAGUCGCUGCAGGAUAUCAUCAACAAUAGUCAGUAUCCAAUCUAGGUAUCUAAGAAUUUACGACACGCUUUGUUACUUAUUUUAAAAUAACUUAAUAAUAUACUAGGUAAGUAUCUUUAUUUGCACUAUACACGUGUGAGAAUUCAUAGUAAUUUAUAUAACUGUUUAAGUAAGUUAUUCACAUGUACGUAAUGUUGCAUGAAAGAUAAACAAUACAUUGUACAUUGGUACAAGCAAUAAAGUUAAGUUAUAGUAAUA